AUGCAGAUUUUUGUGAAAACCCUCACGGGGAAAACCAUCACGCUCGAAGUCGAAAGUAGCGACACCAUCGACAACGUCAAGGCCAAAAUUCAGGACAAGGAAGGCAUCCCGCCUGAUCAACAACGCCUUAUUUUCGCCGGUAAACAGCUUGAAGAUGGUCGCACACUAAGCGACUAUAAUAUUCAAAAAGAGAGCACUCUUCACUUGGUGCUACGUCUACGCGGUGGCGCGAAGAAGCGCUGCCAGUUUGGCUCUGGUACAGAGCAGCAUUGUCGGGAUGCUGCUAUUCAGAUUGUCGGUGAAUGUCCACACUGCACCCUGAAGUUUUGUGGAAGACAUCGUCUGCCGGAAACACACAAUUGCGCCAAACAAGAGCAAGUCAGGAAUGCUGCUUUUACGGCCAACAAGCAAAAACUCGAGAGCGAGCGCACCGCUGGAACUCGUGGCCUCGCGCACUAA